UAACACAAUGCUGGCAGUGUUGGCGGCGCAUGAGCAGCAGCGCAUUUUUCUCUUUCAUUUCCACUAUCUGUGGAUUAUUCAAAGCUAGCCCCACACGGCCCACUCAACCAACUCGCAAGCUCAAGUUCACCAGCUGCUCCGACCAACAUCAUUUGCUGCUCGUGAAAAAAAUUACCUCAUUAUCAUUUAACUGACAAUGGCGCAAAAAACAAAGUUACUCACGGCUUCGUUCAAUUGUUUAAAAACCAGCAACCAUGCCUACGCGACUUCGCUUAAAAACAUUGCGUGGUGGGACAAAGUUGAGAUGGGGCCUCCUGACGCCAUUCUUGGUGUAACGGAGGCUUACAAGAGGGACAGUAAUCCUAAGAAGAUCAACUUGGGAGUCGGCGCUUACCGUGAUGAUAAUGGAAAGCCAUACGUACUGCCCAGCGUUCGAAAGGCGGAGGAAAUUAUAGGAUCGAGUGGGCUCGACAAGGAGUAUUCGCCGAUUGGAGGAAACCCUGAGUUCUGCAAGCAUAGCAUCAACCUUGCACUUGGCGAGAAUAGCGAUAUAGUCAAAAACGGCUUGAAUUCAACCGUUCAAGGAAUUUCUGGCACUGGGUCUCUUCGUAUCGGCGCAGCAUAUUUGGGAAACUUUUUCCCUGGCCAUAAAGAUAUUUAUUUGCCAGCGCCUACGUGGGGCAAUCACAUACCGCUGUUCAAACAUUCUGGGUUAAAUGUCAAGACCUAUCGUUACUAUGAGCCAAAAACCUGUGGCUUUGAUUUCCAGGGUGCAAUCGAAGAUAUAUCUAAAAUUCCGGAAAAAUCAAUAAUCCUGUUCCACGCGUGUGCUCAUAAUCCAACCGGAGUUGACCCAAACCCUGAACAAUGGGCUGAGAUUUCUCAAGUCGUUCAGAAAAAAAAUCUUUUCCCGUAUUUCGACAUGGCUUAUCAAGGUUUUGCUUCCGGCGAUGUUGACAAAGACGCUCAUUCCUUGAGGCUGUUCAUCAAGGAUGGACACAACCUUUGUAUAUCUCAAUCGUAUGCCAAGAAUAUGGGAUUGUAUGGCGAACGUGUGGGUGCGUUUUCGUUGAUUACGUCGAGCAAAGAUGAAGCCGCACGCACGAUGUCGCAAAUAAAGAUUUUGAUCAGACCGAUGUACUCGAAUCCGCCAAUUCAUGGUGCUCGCAUCGCUACUACGAUUUUGGGAGACCCAAGUCUAAAAAAAAAGUGGCUUGUCGAAUUGAAGGGCAUGGCUGACCGAAUUAUUUCAGUGCGUACGCAGCUUCGUGACAAUCUUAAAAAAGAAGGCUCUACGCGUGACUGGUCGCAUAUCACAAAUCAAAUUGGAAUGUUCUGUUUCACGGGACUCACGCCACCUCAGGUUGAAAAUCUUACCAAGAAUUUCAGUAUCUACCUAACAAAGGACGGCAGAAUAUCUAUGGCUGGUGUUACGUCUAAGAAUGUGGAAUAUCUUGCACAUGGUAUCCACGAAGUUACGAAGUGAACCGCAACCUGCACUUUGUAACUUGCUGCUGAGAUUUGAGAAGAGAUUAAAAAUGUAGAGAUUUCAACUUUUUUUUCUUUGAACAUAAUGAAGAUUUUAAUUAAUCACAUUCACUCUACGAUGAUGAUGUGCAUUUAUGAUGAAAUUAAAGCAUUUAUACCCAUUUGAAACGAACUUCAAAACAUCAACUGCAGGCAGUUUGGUGAAAACCAAAGGUAAUUUCUAUAUUCGAUCGUGUAACUCAUACAUGCACUGUUUAGAAUAAAGUUGACAUAUUUUAA